GUUUACCCUUUUUUCUUGGGGUUUCUUUCUUCAGUUCAUUCUUCUUUCUUGUCCUUUUUUCAGGAAUGUGGCGUAAAUAACUUUAGCUUGGUUUAUAUCAAGGAUUCAAUGUGCAUCUAUUUUGUCUGAUGACUCCAAUGAUGCGGAUAAUGUUUCUUCCAUGGAAACUAUUGACUUGUGUGACCAGGCGAAGCUUGAGGAUAGCUGUGUCUAUGUAGAUAAUAGUGCACUUUAUGCUGUCUCUCAUACACUCAGAAAACACAGAUCAUACAAGCAAAUGCUCCGGGAUGCUUUAACUGCAAAAAAAAGGCUGGUAAAGGAGUAUAAGCAGCUGGCAAUUUGGUUUGGAGAUGCUGAUAUGGGGUCUGACAAAGAAUCCUUGCCAUCUACCGCUGCCACCACUACGGGGUAUGGAAAUUCACAAACAGAACUUGAAGGUGAUUCCGGAUGGGAACUUCUAUAAGUCUUUUGAGGAGAGUUUGCUACUCGAUGUAACUGGAUUUAUCAUCACACUUCUUGCUUGUACCCUUAAUAAUAUGUAUGGUCAAAAUUCCCAUUUUCUGUAGAUAUAUUAAACAAGAUGGGUUGAGUGUCCUAUAGAUGGAACUCUGUCAUAAGUGGUAACAACAUGACAUUGCAACUUGUUAAUGCCAUUUUUUGUUGGUACUUUUCUCUUGUACAGUCACUAAACAAUGAGAUCAAGAUUACUCAUUUUCC